GACCCGCACCGAUGCAAUGCAUUGCUCAAGUCCGGCACUUGGGUGCGGCAUCCAUCAGGUCCUACUGAGAUGCAGCGUUGGCAACCAGCUGGGUGUCAGACGCAUGAUUACAAGACGGAUGAGCUUCGCCAGUGUUUCGAUGGCCACAAGAUUGUGCUUGUCGGUGAUUCCACAGUGCGUCAGCUGUACGUGGAAAUUGCAAAGCGGUUCGACAUCCAUACGUACCAUAAAGCUGCCUGGCACCGUCACCAAAAUCUGGAUUUCCAGAGUGAAAAUGUGACCGUGGAGUUCAUCUGGGAUCCGUGGUUGAACAGCACACAGUCCUUGUCCAGAAUGGCUGUCGACUCGGAAUCACAUUCUCACAAGGUUUCCGCAGAUCUAGCAGAUCCCAGCGCAAGAAUACCUAUUUCGCUUUUGGUCGCCGGCAGUCCAGGUCUAUGGGCUACUCGCUAUGGAGGAGAACAAUACAUGGAUAUUUUCAAGGACCGUCUGGACCAGGCGCAGAACCUUUUUGCAACAAUUUUCGGUCAAUCAUGGGCACCAAAUGAGCUCGGUUACAAUAUGCGCAUACCUCUCGUCCUGUUGACACCAGUCCAAGUCCUCGACCAUCAGCACCUUGAGGACGAUAGAGCAACAACCAUGACAUCUCAACGCGUUACAGCCUUAAACGACUACCUACAGCAGACAGACAUAUCUCCUCGUGUCCUCUGGGCGCACAAUAUGAUGCUUGACGGCAUCCCAGGCAAAUACCAGAAUGAUGGGCUCCACGUUCUCCCACAUGUAGCGAACGAGAGAGCUAAUCUUCUGUUCAACGCCGUGUGCAACUGGAAGCUCUUGAAGAACUCAACUACGGGCGACUCUUGUUGCACAAUGAACAAAUCAGGGUUAUCAGCGGUUGAAUUUGGAUUAAUUGUUCUCACACUUGGAUUCGGCACACUCUCGGGCAAGAAGAUUAUGGGCCAAGGAGUGAAGGGAGCUCUUCAAAAGCCAUAUCAAACAUUCCUUUGGUUUUCUAUCAUCGGUGUCAUCGCGAGACUCAUGAAUGGGACCUCAUUCUUCCUCAGAGAGCCACGUCAGCCCGAUCCCAUAGCCAUCGCUUACCUGAUCGCCAUCUGGCUGGCCACGAGUUUGUUAGACAAGUCAAUCUCGAAGGCGACUCCCAAUCGCAAAGCGACAACGCUCACUGGGUUUCUCUCUUCCCAGCAGUGUGAAGAACUCAAAGGUUUUAUGCAAGGUGUCAUCCUCGUAUAUCAUUACUACCACGGAUCACAGGUUCUCUGGAUAUACAAAGGUAUCCGUGUGCUUGUGUCGACCUACCUCUUCUUGUCGGCAUACGGUCACACGACCUAUUUUCUGGCGACUGGCGAUACGUCAUUGCGACGCGUCGCUGUCGUGAUUUUCCGGACCCACGCACUUGCUAUACGCUUGAUGUUGUCUGCGGGCACUACGUAUACUGACUAUUACUUUAUACCCGUUCUGACAUUCUGGUUCCUUAUCUGCUGGAUGAGCUUUCGUCUAAAGCAGCACAAAAAUCGAAUCCUUGCGCUUUUCUGUAUCAAAUUGGCGUUGUGCGCCUUCGCCACCGACGUAUUGAUCCUUACACCGGGAAUCCUAGAGAAAGUUGUGGGGGUUUCAAACAUGAUCUUGCCUCUGCGCAUCGACCAUCAAGAAUUGCGGUUUCGGCUGGGCUUGGAGCGCUACAUUGUAUACGCCGGCAGUCUUCUGGCUUACACUGUUCACAAAUACCGUGGAGUAGACGACCACGAAGGUUUCCACCAUCCGGCGUUCAAGACCAAAUUUCGCAGACAUACCAUUGCUGCUGCAGGCACACUUAUACUGCUCUAUGGUGUUGUCUUAUGGUUCACCACGGAGAAAGGCGACUAUAACCGGGCCCACCCCUUCAUCUCUUGGAUCCCAAUCUUGUGCAUCGUAGGCCUACGUAACAUGCAUGCGUGGGUGCGAGGCUCGCAUAUGCGACUGCCAGCUAAGCUGGGGCGCCUAUCACUUGAGACAUACUUGUUGCAAUAUCACAUGUUGCUAGGGGACAAUGCUACGACACGGCUGCGCAUU